CCUCAUGCUUGCGCUUGCCCCAGCAGCAGCAGCAGCGCUGCUUUCGGGCCCGCUGCAGCGCCGAGGAUGGAGGCGCAGGACGGCUCGGCACGCCGCAUCGCAUCGCAUGCUGGAGGCCGCGGCGGCCAUAUCGAGGGCGCCGCCCACGCAUGUCACGGCUGCAGCUGCGCAUGCGCAUGCUCGCUGCCUGCGGCUGCCUGCGGCUGGCGCUGCUGCGGGCGCCUGAUGCUGGGUGCUCGGCGCCGUUUCUCGGCUCCAGACGCACCAGUUGCAGCAGACAGGUCGCGAGUCGAGUGGCCGCCGCCGCCGCCGCCGCCGCAGCAGCAGCACGCCAGGGCGCUCUCGCUCCUCGGCCUCGCCCUUGCCUCUCGAGGCCCUCUUCACGUCCACAUCUCCACCGCCCACGGCGCGCCGUCCUCCAACAGGCGUCCCCUCUCCCGUGCCUGCAGCCCGUCCGCUCCCUCGACCGCCCGCACCGGCACGCCCCGUCCGGCCUCCUGUGCGGUGCUCCCGCGCCUCGCCGGCCGCUCUCGACAAGCGCCGACAAGGUGCUGCCCCAACGGGCUGCUCCACCCACACCAAGGUAAGCAGAGUCGCGGCUGAGCUCCAGUCCGCAGCCACACGUCCCGCUCGCCCGCUUCGGCUGGCGCACUUGCUCGGCACCCGCAU